UUUACGAGGCUAUAGCGAACUUUCUAUGACCAUCCGUGAGCCUUAACUACCGCCAAUCCUCCAUGUUAUGCAUGUGUGUUUUAGCUGCGGCAUUUUGGGAGAAGGCUCCAUCUGGCUCGGUUUUUGUCGGUAUAUACAUCCCUGUUGCUCCUCCACUGAUGGGGGAGGGCGACGAUUCUGUGAACGACAACAGCCCUGGCUUAUGGGUGUAGCAGCGGCGCUGUGAUGCGAUCUUGUCCUGCUGCCUGCUAAUGCUUUGGGUUCGGCUGCGGCCGCUACUGCUGUGUUGAGUGUUGGCCUGUUGUUUGUAGUGAUUGGGAGUUGUUGUAGUAGUUGUCGGCCGUAGGCACACUGAUGAGAUCGAGUCCGAGAACUGUCGACCCGAUCGAGGCAAGUAGUCGAAAUUGUCCUGUGAGCUGAGUUGACUCGUCCUGCAUUUGUGCCUGCGUGUAGUCUCGCAUUGUGUUCUGCAUGUAAUCAGAUAGUUAAUGGUGGUGGAGCCGCUGCCAGUGAUUAUGCUAUCAGCGGUAAUGGUCGCAGUGUUUCUGCUCGAAGAAAGCUCGCUUCUAACGGGGUCGACCCGAAACUGAGGCUGGUUCGUACAUCAUCGGUUUAUUGUCCUCAGUUUCCUGCUGGCUAGUUAGCGGUACUAUCGCAGUGCUGCUUCUCGGUUUCAUCCUAUGAACUAAGCACUCAUUUCUAACCGAACCUAACAAAAGAAUAUCAGGGAUAGACGACAAAAAACGGCCAUAUUAAGCCAAGUGCUGGGGUGGUCCACAGUGAAUUUGCUGUUGUCGCAAACAUAACCAGAGCAACAACUGCAGGAGAGCUGCCAGGAGCACCAGCCGUAGCUCUGCAGAUCGUCGUUAGCCGUCAUUUGUUGUUUGUGUCUUAUUUUUCGUUAUAGUCGAACGUCUGUGGGGGAAUUGUUAAGGAACGACAAACAAUUUGAUCGGGCCAAAAAACCCGACGUUGAAAAAAGACUGACUGUGUUUGUUUGUGCAGUGCUUGUUAAUCAUCUGCCUAUUCAUUUAUGGAAUGGAAAGCCUGACUGAUUGAUUCUCCGGGGUUGUUCGUUUUGUCGAUAUUCGAUUGUUUGUUCGUGGGACAGUUCGACCAAGGAGACUGUUCUGUAUCCGUGUACUGUAGUACAGCUAGUAGUCCCACGGGAAGAACACGAUUAGCAACCAAUUCCUCAUUGGUUAAACUGUGACAGCGUGUGUUUUGCCGGUUGGAACCGACUUUUCGUGGAAUUUCGUGCCGACGACGAAUUCGUGUUGCGUGUGAGUGUUCGAGCUGCUGAGUUAUCUCAACCAGCGUUCAUUAUGUCAUCAAAAGCGAUGUUUGGCGUAUUGAGUUUUGUCGAGUGUUGUUGUGUUCGUUGAAUUCUGUUGUAUAUCAAAGUAACUAGUGCUGCGGACAGACUGCAGAGAUUUGAAAUACAAUAUAGAACGGAAGGAGACAAAAGUGAGGACAGUAUUUUGCAAUUGUUCAACUGAAGUGCUCGUAAGCAGGAGGAACAAAAACAAAAACGAUAAGCUGAAAGGAAACAACGGAUUAGGGAAAGCCCCCUAUGUUGCCGCAGUCGCUUCACAGUUUAUCCUAUGUCAAGAUCAGUUUAAGGUAGAACUUACAGGACGUAGAGGUGUGUGUGUGCCAUCAGCGAUGUACCCAAUUUUUCGCCCAGUCGUUCAACAGGACAAAGUUUGACUAAUAACGAGUGACGAGCGCGAAAACUCAACUUCCUUUCGUCUGUAUUCAACGUUGUUAUUGCUUUCUGAGUCCAACGACGAGUACAACUAUCAGUCAGGAUUGAGUACUAAGCGGUCAACUGCGGCAGCUCCAAUCACAGCUUCGACCCGGAUUGCGGAGUAUAGCUCGGAGUAUCGCAGCAUUGCGGGCAACAUCGACGGUGCCUCCCCGGCUUCACAAUGUCGGAGGAGGCGGAAAACACCGGUCCCAGUCAUGAGUCCGCGGCAGCGUCUGCCGCUUCGCGUCUUGUUGCCGCUCUCCAGGAUGGGGGGGUAUCGAUGACAGCAGAUAAUGCCAUGGCGUCGAUGGCACUGGCCGCUGCAGCAGCCGUUGGCCUCGUCUCAGGUAUAGCCCACGAACAAGGCGAAGUCGAUGCCAUUGGCGAUGGCGAAUCCGUCUCAGGAGCAGCUGCGGCUGACUUCGAUGAUGCGGAAGAUGCUGAAGUUGACGAUGAAGAAGAUGAAGAAGUCGGUGGAAUUGACGAGGAGGGGUUUGAUGCGGCUGAACUUGAAACUCCGGCGGGAAUCGAAACGGCAGCGGCGGCUGCAACCGUCAUGGCGAAUGCCGCUGCAGCUAAUGCGGAGCCUGUCGCAGAAGAUGGUAUACCAAUAGAACAAGUGGCUACUGGCGAUAGUGCGGCAACGACAGCUGCAGUAGUUCCAACGGUUCCAGCAGUAGCUACCGAACCAUCAAUGUCUUGUGACAACGUACCGGACUUUGCGGUUUUGUGUUCGUUUCUAGACAGAUUCGGCGCGCUGCUAGGGAUCACGCCGACAAUCAAAGAGGUUCAGAUUAUGCUUGAACAACAAGGAAACGUGUCUGAACAGCUCAUCGACAUUCACAUAAAGCUAUUGAGGAAAAUUGUAACGUCCGCUACAAAAAAUCGUUUCGACAGAUAUCUCGCUAGGUAUUGCGAAAUGUACCUCAUUCCAUACGAUCACCAACUCGUCGUACAAAUCAUGGAGCACGGCUAUGCGAAGCUCGAUCUUGUCUCAAAGGUGCACAUCCUCAAAAACUUACUUGAGAUGCAGUUUGAUUUUAAUUCGAAGUUCAAAUCACAGGCUAACGACCGUUCGCCAGAAGAACUACGUAUGUUACCCCUUGGUCGAGACGCAGACGGAAUCGUGUAUUGGCUUCAAGUUGAUGAGGAUCUCAACGUGCGAAUGUACAUAGAGGAUCUAGAUGAUGAGAGCUCGUUUCAUCUCCUGCACAAAACAAAGGAAGAACUCGCUGACCUACUCGCACAACUCAAGAAACUGAAGGACGACAAUUUCCAGAAGCAACCCGCAAGUAGCAAUAAUACGAGCAGCAGCGAACCGUCACCAAAAAGCACUGACGAAGCAGUAAAGCAAGAAGACCAAAAAGCCAACAUCGUCUCUGCGAUAAAAGUUGAUAUAGAAAUUAAAGCAGAACAAAAAAUCAAAGAUGAGAAUAUCGACGCAAAGCCCCGAAUUGACAAACUAAAAAAAGAAACCAACACUGAAGCCGAUACCACAUCAGUGGUGAAAAGCGAGCCCGGCUCUGAUAAAAAGGAACUUGUCGAAGAUUUGUGCACUCGUCAAAGUGACAGUUCCCGAUCCUCAGGUGAAGGUCACCCGGUGUCUGCCAAAGUUCCUGUCUCAAAACUCGAAAAUGAAGCGCACUGCGCCCAACCGUGUGUCAAGACAGAAUCGUUAACUGCCUCUUCUGUAGUUGACGGGAGCCAACCGGAAGCUGCGCACUCGGCCUCAGCGGGAGCAUUCUCGAUGGCAGUAGUUAUCGAGCGGGCCGAUAAAGACAAGGAAAAAGCUGUUAAGGAAAAGAAGCCCCUAGCAGCCGACGUUGCUGAAGAGCGCUUCGACGAAGAGUGUGAAGAUGCAAAGGCCACAGAUCUCUCCCUCCCUCAUCUGCCCACCCCGCCACACGAGCAGGAACAGAGACUACCCGCCGCACCGCAAACCGCUGUACAUUCGCCGCCUGUGCCUCCCAAAAAGCCUCAGAGCGACGGCGAUUAUGAAGAUGACAAAGAGAUGAGUCACCAUGCCGCUGAGGAUCUCCGGACCAGCGAAAAGAAGACGACAACAUCGGCAGCAGCAAUAGUAGACAGUGGUGGCGAUUCCCGAGAAGAUCCUGGUGGACAACUACGAGCCGAUUUAGAGGGCAUACCAGUGGAAGACACGAAGAAAGCAAGAAGUAAAAAGGGUGGAGAUGAGAAGGGAAACGGACAAAUGGCUGAAGAGUUGAGCGCUGACAGCGACGACGAAGAGGAGCUAAUGGAUACUACAGACUCUCCCGUGUCUCGGCAAAAGGACAGAGAAAAGUCUAGUAGAAUUGAACAGCACGAUGAUGUAAAUGAUGGCGAGACAGAGGACAAUACAACAAACGAUGCUACUGAUGUUCAAGAAAAGCAGACACCUAAAUAUUUGAAAAAAUCGUCAUUGUCGUCCGCGAGAGACGAGCAAGUAGACGAAAAUCUAACACAAGUGGCGGCAGAAGACGAUAGCACCAUCGAUAAAAACCUAGAAGGGAAAGAUGAUGAAGCCACUAGAAAAGUUACACAAGAAAGCGGUAAAGAUAAGGACGAACUGGCGGAAGAGGAGGCGGAAGAGCAGCCGAAACCCAAAAAACGUGGGAGGGGUAGGCCAAGAAAAGGUCAGGGUAGAGGUCGAGGCAAGGCCAAGGGUAAGCCCGCUGUUACGAAAAAACCAGCGGUACCAAAGCCUCCAAAAAAGAAGAAACAAACAGACGACGGUGACCAAGAUGGAACUGGCCACGAGGAUGAUGAAGAAAUACAAAAGGAGAACGUCGAAGAGAAGCCUAAGAAACGUGGCAAAAUGUCCCGUGAAGCUCGAAUGCUUUUGGAGGAAGCUGAGCGCCGUCGGGCUCAAGAAGAUGAUGAAGAUGGCGAGUUCGGUUGUCGACCUCGGCGAAGCUGUCGGGCAAGAAAAGUUGUUGAAAAAUACGAAAUUCCCGUCUCGGAAGACGAGUCCAAGAAGAAGAAACGUAAAAGCAAGGCUGAUAAGGAAGAAGAAAAAGAAAUUGUAUUCAGCGCCGUGGGCGGAAUCAAUGCGAAAGCUGCGCGCAAAGCCGCCCGUGAAAUGAUCAAAGCGCAGAAGCUAGCCCACAAGGAACUCAUGAAAAAGCUUAAAGGCAAAAAGAAACGCGGUAGAAAAGGCGCAGCAGACGAUUCGGAAGAUGACGACGACAACAUGGAUUCUGUUGAGGAGCUAAUCUAUGGCCAUGACGAGGAUGAUGACGCUGACAAAAUGGAGUUCGGUGCUGACGAUGAAGACGAGUUCGCUUGCGAUGAAGAUAUUGCCGAUGGAACACUCGAAGCUGAGGAGGUGAAAAAGGCUCGGACAGCGACACACGAUGACGCUGAUGCAUGUAAACGCUGUUUGAAGUCUGACCAUCCCGAGUUUAUUUUGCUGUGUGACACUUGUGACGCUGGGUGGCACAUGAAUUGUCUUCGGCCACCGCUUCUCGUAAUCCCUCUUGGCAACUGGUACUGCCCACCAUGUGAACACAACGCGCUUAUAGCUGCACUGGAUGCAAAGAUAAAUUAUAUUGAGUCCGAGUGGGAGAAACGACAAAAGGAAAUCACCCGCAAGCAACGUUUGGCUUUCGUAUCCAUCAACAUAGGCAACGUACUGCCUGUAACAAAGCGCGAAGUUGCCAAAAAGAGUUUUACAGAGCGCUACGAAGACGACGAAAGCGAUAUAAGUGAAGUAGAUAGCUCGUCGGAUGACAGUGACAGUUCGGGAAGUUCAGCAUCAAGCUCGAACGCACCCAGGCGAAGACGGGCCGCGCGUAAAGGUGACGCCAUGCGUGAAAAAAUGCUUGAGUACGACAAAUUAAUGAAGGAAGCCAUCGAUGAUGAUGAAUUCGACGAAGAGAUUGAAGAGGAACGGACACAGAACGUCAAAAGGCGUAGCGGGAAAGAUAUGUCGAAUAUUUUACCCGAUUCUGAUGAAGAGAAAAAAGUUGAGAAAACCGGCCGUCGACGAAGAUCAAAGUUGAGCGAUUUAAACGCCAUGGAAUCAGCGGACGAUGACUCCGAGUUCCAAGCAUCGGAUUAUAGCGGCGAAAUCGAGGUAAACCGCCGAAAAAAAGGUCGCACCGGGGGUGGAAGUAGACGACGCAGAUACGACUCUGACGAUAUGGAAGAUUCGGAAGCAUUGUCAGAUGCUUCUUGGGGACGAGCCAAUAUUCGCAGCGGUAGGAAAUCUAGCAGCCGAAGGAAAAGAGACCCCUUCGUUAGAGAGAAGACUUCUAAAAGUCGUAACACAUUUUCGCCAGGACAAGGCAAGAUACUUCAAAGUAGACCUACUACAAUUUGCGGCUUUUCUCCAUAUGAUUCUCCGGUUCUUAUAGAAGGUGGACGAUGGGACGACUUCGAUAGCGAAGCUUCCCAAAGCUUCAAGGCCUCGAGCGACGAUUCAGGCGACUUCUGCAAGCCUCGCAAGAGGCAGGCGGUCAACUAUGCGGAAAGCAGCGACGAGUCCGAAAAGGAAAAAGCUGAAAAACCAUCGCGACGCAGAAAGGUAAUUGAAUCGGAUGAGGAAGUGGCUCUGGAGGACAGCGACUCAGACGAGGAACAGGAUGAUGACGAUGAGCUCUCAGAUGAAGACGCCUCCAACGAUGAAAGCGAUAGCGACGACAGCGACUCGGAUGACUCCGAUGAAGAGGAUUCAGAUGGAAAUGUUACCCGACGGAAGAAGGGUAAAAGCAAGAAACGAGCGGAAAAAGAACGUAAAAAAAUUAAAGACAAGAGGGAUCGCAAAGAAAAGCUCACGAAAACCACGUUGUCCACAACGAGUCGCGGCGAUUCCUUAAAGGUUAACAAAGGGAAGUCAUCGUUGUCUGCUAGCGCCAAGACCGUCAAACGGAAGAAGCGCAGCGACGAUGACGAUUCCGUCGAGGAUGAAGAAGACAGUGAUUCAUGGGGUCCAAGUAGAAAACAGCCGAAAGGUCCCGCCAAAAAGUCCCGGAACAGGUUGGAAUCCGAUGAUGACGGCGAAGACAUCGACGAAGAGGAAGACAUCGAUGAUACAGCUGGUGCUGGAAACGACGACGGCAAGGAGCACACUGCAAAGUCUGCCGCUGAGAGCAACGCUAAGGAUAAGGAAGGUGACAAAAAGGCUGAUCCGUCCCGGCGAACGACGAACGGGCGAGCCGAAGCGAACAAAGCGCGCGAGCGACUCGUUCAUCACGAUGACUAUGAUGAGGGCGAGGAUCUAGAUGAAGAUGAGGAUGACGAUGAAAUUGAUGAAGAUGAGGAUGAAGGCGUGAAAGCGUGGCCUCCACUGCCCAGCCAUUUGAUGGCGAACAUAAAGAAGGAUAAAAAACUAGCCCCUCAUCUCGAGCCAGCGAAGUCGGAGUUGACCGAGGGAAAAGCUAGGAUGAAAGUUACUCCUAUCGUACCUCGGGCAGUCCCGGAAACGCUGAAGCCUGCUUCGGAGAAGCAGAAACCCGCUCCAGUGAAGGCGGCCGUAGGAUCUCCGGUGAAGGUGAGCACCUCAGCUGCAGCUGCUUCUGCUGCUGUUGUUGCUAAAGCCGCAGCUUCCGCCGCUUCCACGAUCACAACAGCAGCAGCAGCAGCUGCUCAAGUAGCAGGCAUCGCCUCAUCGCCUAGCGGUCAGAUUUUGCCCGCUCCCGUUAGCCGACACCAGGCGACAACGCCCUCAAAGUCGCACGCUCUUCCUGUCCAUAUCGGGACCGCGCCGACGAAAGCAAUUUCGACGGGUAACAGCCCUUCAACGCGAUCAGCAAUUGCCAGCAGUCAGAUUUUGCCACCGGGCUACUCGGCCCACCAUCCCCUUGCGCAUCCUGGUCUGGCUCAUCACAACAACGGAGCUGCGCUACGACCCACAUUUCCGGGCCACUUUGGUAGUGUCGGACCCGGAGGUGAACUUGGACCAGCUGGACCAUAUGCGUACCAGCCACCCCCUGGGUACGGGUACGGACAUCCAUCGUAUGGUUACCACCCCCAGUUGCCACCCGGUUACCCUUCAGCCGCGUACUCUGGUGUGGCUUUUACCGGAGACGCAUUCGCGGCAGAAUGGGGCCCGAGCGGGCCACAGGCACAAGCCGUGGCUCAACCUGUUGCCGUGUCAACAGCCAGUGGCAGUGAAGAAAAAGGACCUUCGGAGCAUUUCAGCAUCUCGAAUAUACUGCAACAAGGGGAGAACGCGGAGGACAUGGAUUCUGUUGCGUCGAUUGGCAAUCUCAUGGGCAAGUGAGUGGGUACGUGAGCCAGUGCCGUAUUACUGGCACACACACACACACUUACCAACGAUUACCAACAAACCGUAAUCUGGCAUCACCACUCAGUUCAACAGAUCAACUAGUUAUUAGUGGUAAGCCUUUAAAAACCCAUGUUCGACGGAAAAGGGAAACUCUCCAUAAUGAUGGUCCAGAAGAAUAUAAAUCGAAGAGGGCCACUUAUAAAUCUGGCGAACACAUUUGGAAGAGCUAAAAGUGCUGAAGCCUUUGCCCACUAGGGCAAAACAUCUGAAGAAUUUCUACCUCUCCAUUUCUUUAAGGUCAAUGAAAUGAAUGGCAGCUUGCUAGCUCGUCGGCCUUGUACAUUCUUGAAGGUAGAUACGCAAAGACAAUGUAGAUGCCACAUAAUUAAAUAUGAAGGAGACAUGCUAACACAAGGAUGGACUAUAUGCAUAUGAGGCGUCAUCAGGCAGUUCACACGGGAAUGACUUAAUCAUACAUCAAUUCAUUAUAUGUCUCGCUGUUCAGCUUCAACAUUUGGUCAUCUUUAGCUAUAACAACUUGCGUGUGCUUCAGUAAAUAACGCACACAUACUAGAGCUGUUAGCUUACUUUGUUAUUGCUCGACAUCACCCCAAGAAAAUGUUUACGUUUUAUUUCUGUUUUAUCUCCUUUUUUUAGACCUCACUCCCCAGCCUCGGGCGCGCGAGAACAUAACAGGCAUAUAGGCCUACGCCUGUUGUCGUUUAACCCAUCUUUGUACUUUAGGACAACUAGCCUUUUUAAAAAUGUUGUGCUUCUAUAGAUCAUAUAUAAUAUUUACAUGUAAAUAAUGGUGUAUUAAUUCUGCCCCACGAUACUUAAGCCACUGGUCUAUGCGCCUGUCACUGAAUCGGUCAUGUGUGGUAGUUCACUGCUACAAAAGAUUUUUGACGUAUUUGGGAGAAAUUCGGCUUUUCAUUUGAAAACUAGGGUUGCACCUUUUUUGUACCGAAAACCAUAAAUGUGUGUCCAUUGUUUAAGAAUCUCUUGUUUACCGGAACAAUCAUUUAUUAUGAGUGGUACUGCCAUUUAGCACUGAAUUGAAUUUAUACCUUUAAUUAUCAUUUACACGAAUCAAACGUAAAACAUUUCAGCUUGUAGCAAACUCAUUACUGCAUCACUUUGUUGCGACGAUACAUAAAGAUGUUAAUUCUGUCUAUCUUAUAUUACUGAUAAGUCUUGCAAGGAACUGUUUUUGCAUGAACUGUUUUGAAAACAUGAGAAGACUUUAUCAGAAAUUUAGCAAUCCCGUAAUCGCGUCUGAAUCAAUGAAAGAGCAUCUCAUUAGCUACGUAUAGAAUUUGUAUAGACAAUACGCUUGUAUGCGCUCUCUGAAUGCUGAGGUAUAGGGCUACUUAGCCUUCGCAUUGAUCAUUGAAACUAUUUAGAUAUCACGCGUCGUUUCUGUAAAAACGAACAGGAAUCGGCUCAAAAAUUUCUGCAAAAAGCUCCCUCUUCCGACUCUCAUCAUCAUCAUGUUUCUAUGACUAUAUAGGAGGUUUUUUAGAGCGCGUCUUACGCCUUCCACGGGGUGGAACCCCCAGUUUUUGUCGAGUGACUGCUGCAGUUUUUAUGUUGAGCACGAACAUUCGAAAUUGAAUGUUGUUUUUUUUGGGGGGGGG